UAGCUCCUCAACCUGUAAACAAUGUCAAACGAUAUAUUACAAAGUAAAUGCGAGUCAUGUAAAGAAAUAGCGCAUGAACCGUUUAUAGAAUGUGUAGAAUGUGACACUAAUCUAUGUACCGCUUGUUUCGCGUCCGGACAAGAAGUGGGUACUCAUAAGAACGAUCACAAGUAUGCUGUUCGUCGAAACGAUUUCCCUCUUUUCGAAAACUGUAAUUGGUCGGCUAAGGAAGAAUGUAAACUACUGUCUGCUCUAUCGACAUAUGGGUACGGGAAUUGGGAGGAAAUAUGUAAGAGUGUUCACACCAGAUCAAAACUUGAAUGCCAAGAACACUACAAAAAAUAUUACAUAGAAAAUGUCCAGUACAAAGAAUUAAAACUUUUACCUGAAACAGAACAAUCAUUGUUUCCAAAACCAGUGAUACCUUUCUUAUACAGCACAGAAGUUUGCACCAACCCACCGAGGAAUAAUAAUGCUGAUCAGCAUUUGGCAGGCUACAAUGCUUACAGAUCAGAAUUUGAGCUAAGUUAUGAUCACAAUGCAGAAAGCAUUUUUAACAUAGAGGAUAGUUACUCUGAUGAGGAUGAUGAAGAAUGUAUGGACUCAUUAAAAGUGUCUCUGGUCAGUGCACUGAACACUAGGCUGCGUGAGAGAAGGAGACGAUACAAGGUGAUACAGAAUCAUGGUCUCAUUAUGCCAAAUAAAUUAGUUUCAUGGCUACAGAAGUUUGAUCAAACUCUCACCAGACAGAAGUCUGAGCGGUUGCUGUCAUUGAUGCAGUUCAUGACAGGAAUGCAGUUUGAUGCUUUCAUGGAAUCAAUAAGUUUAGAGCAGGAACUAAUGCAGAGAAUAUCAAGACUUUCAGAAUAUCGGAGAAAUGGAAUAAGAACAUUGUAUGCAGCAAAGCUGUACAAACAGUGGAAGAAAGAAAAUGAUCUGGUUGUUAAGGAGCAAAAGUAUGCAACAUCAGUCAUGGCAAAGAAGUAUGAUAGUCAAUCACCUAUCAAGAAUGUCCAUAUGUUUGGAAAGAACAAUCAGUUACUUAAAUACAAGAGGACGUCAAUGCCAUUAGAAAUUGUUGAUUUACCUGGAUUCAACCGCCUCACCGAAGCAGAGAAAGUCCUCUGUUCUAAUUUAAGACUAGUACCAGAAAACUACUUAGAGAUUAAGCAACAAUUGAUAACCCAGAAUAGUAAAAUGGGAUUCCUUCGAUUGUUAGAUGCAAGGAGGAUAGUCAAGAUAGAUGUAAACAAAACUAGGAAGAUCUAUGAUUACUUAUUGUAUGAAGGAUUUAUAUCUAAGCCACAGUAAAUAAAUAAGCUAAAUGUUUUUACAA